UAUUCACGAUUUAAAUCUUUAAAAUCUUACGAUUCAAAUCUUUGAGUCAAUUUUACUUAUUUUCUCCAGAAUUUGCAAAAUUAACCCUCUUUUUCUUCUCCUUCACCAACAUCAUCUAGUUCUCUCACACUAACCACCGUCGACUAUAAUCAAUUCACAUCAACGUAUUAAUCAUAAUCGAUUCACCACCUCUUAACAUUAACCUUGAUAAAUUGGAACUUUAGCCUUGAAAAUUAUCAUUGUAAGUGUUAUGUGCUUUUGUGUUAUUCAUGAUUUUCCUUACUAAUAUUAUUCUGUCUUCAUUUUUGUAUACUAAUUUUAUUUUACGUAAAAUCCAAAUUUUGACUGCUUUGCUCACAAGGACAAUAUCAUCAGAGAAGAUGGGGGUGGCCAUGGUUGGCUUUCGGACGACAUGGAGGAUGACGCUCUCACUUAGACCAGAAGCACUGUCUAGCUUAAAGGCAUUAAAGAGAGAGUGCUUCAUGGGAGACAGUCCAUGUCUGUCAUCUAACUUAAAGACGCUAACCAAAAGUACUAACAUGAGAAAACCCAUUUUGGUUCUUCUUUUGUUUAGGAUGGAUUGAGUUAUUUUUGAAUAAACGUGAAGGUGGUUUAAGUUCAAAAUGAUGACAUUGGUGUGAGCUUCAUCCCACACCAUUCACGAAUGGGUUCAAGAUCGUGGGGAGUUCAAGGCCCUUCUCACGGGCGUGACAAUGGCCGUGAAUCAUUCGGAAGCAUCAAGAUUAACGGGGUACUUGUGGAAUAGAUGGAGGAAGUUUUGAUGGGUAUUGUUGGAUUAUAUACAAAGAUCUCUACCAAGAGUAGAUAUGCAUUCAUCCUUUCCCUAUACACUACUUCACGUACAUGCUUACUGCUUCAUACUAGUGGAUUCUUAACAAGCCUUUCUUGGAGAUGGAGAUGUGGGAAAGCAUCAUGGAUAGUGAUGGGAUAAAGCCCCUGCUCCGAAUGGAUUCACUUGGGAAUUCUACAAGAAGUGAUGAUCAUGGAUCAAAUCCAAAAUCGUUCUUGCUUUCAACAAUUUCUACAGUUUAGUGUAUUUGCAUAAUAGUAUUAAUCAUUCUUUUAUUUGCUUGAAUCCAAAGAAGGAUGCAGUGGAGGACACAAGGAAUUUACGACCGAUUAGUCUGAUGGACAGCUUUAACAAGCUUAUUAGUAAUGUACUUUCUCGUAGACUUAGAGUCGUUAUCCCUUAUCUUGUCUCCCAUAACCAACAGGCUUCUGUUAUGAGAAGACAUAUUGGAGAUGCAGCUAUUACUGUAUUUGAGCUUGUUGACAGUUGCAGGAAGUCGGGGUUGAUGUUUAAGAUGGACAUUGACAAGGCAUUUGAUAAAGUCAAUUGGAAUUCUUCUUUCUAAUCCUCUCUCGGAUGGGUUCUUUGAGCAGUGACAAAAGUGGAUCGGAGGUACCAUUUGUAUGCUGAAAUUAGUUGUCCUUAUUAAUGGGGAUCGAAAGGCUUCUUUGAUGCUCAGAAAGGUCUCAAGCAAGGUGAUCCGCUGCCACCUGGCCUAUUUGAUAUGGUUAUGGAUGUUUUAUCCUUUAUGAAUUAUUAUUGCCACUCUUAAAGAGGAUGGGAAAAUUGCAGGUUUUUGUAUGAAUGAAGAGGAUGGCAAUGGGGAAGUGACACGUAUACUCUUUACGAAUGAUACUUUGAUCUUUUGUGAUGUGGCAUAUGAUUAGGUUAUGAACAUCUUAGCUUAUCUUGUGUGCUUCCAAGCAGUCACUGGGCUCUGCAUCAAUUUGGAGAAGUCAGUCAUGUUCACAGUGGGUGAUGUCUCAAAUCCUUACUUCUUUGCGUCAAAUUUUUAGUUUAAUUGGAGUAAUAAGUCUCCAAAUACUUUGGAUUCCCGCUUGGUGCAAAACCAAAUGUGGUUUCCCUGUGGGAUCCCAUCAUUGACAAAUACCAGAAGAGGCUUAAAGGUUGGAAGGGUAGGUAUGUUUCUCAGGAAGGGAGGCUGAAACUUAACAAGGUUGUGCUUUCUAGUCAGCCGGUGUAUUACAUCUCUUUGUUCUGAGCUCCAUCAUCGGUGAUAAUUGAAGGGAUUCAAAGAAGAUUUGCUUGGCGUGGAAAGGGGAAACACGGAAAGCACCAUUGGUUAGCUGGGAUAUCGGCAAAGCCCAUGUUUCUCAUGGUGGGCUUGGAAUUUUGGAUCUAACAUAUUUUAAUAGAACCACACUGGGGAAGUGGGAGUUGGUGGAGGACUCUAAUUAAUAUUGAACAUCUUAAUAACCUCUCAGAAUGGUGUACGACAAGAAGCAGACAUAGGUUUGCAGGAUCAACGUAGGCUAAUAUAUCUAAGGAGUAUGAUACAUUCUGAAAAAGGCCAGUAUUGAUCCUGUGAACGCUUCUUGGGUUUAUUUUUAGCAUGCUAGUCGGAUCCCGAGAGUGGUGCUCGCUGACGCCUUUCCUAGAGUUGCCACCGCCACAUCCUCUCCCGAAGCCCGGGUCGCAAACGCUAUGUCUCUCAUAGAUGAGAAUGUCAUCUGGCAUACAUUUACUUCAAUUUAGGUUAGUUUCUAGGCAAACAAGAAUAGAGAUUAAAAAACUAAGCUAAUUAAGCUACUCUAACCACUAUUCUAGCUAAUUGAAAUUUGGGAGCUCACUUAGGCACGAAUUCCUUAGAUCCUCAAUUCAACCCAUGUUGAGUACUACCCUAGAUUGAUUGACUCGAUACUUCCACCGGGAGAAUUCUAGACUAGGUGGGACUCCUUAUUCGAGUUAUCCAACCCCGUGCUACCCGAAGAGGCAUACCAUACAACUUACCUAGGUAAUUGAGAUGUUCACAACUAACUCUCACGAUUGAGCAAAACUCAAUAUGUCAUUAUGGAUCAAAUCACACUCAUUCAAAGACCCAUAGUGAAAUAUUGAACAUGCUCUAUUGAACCUUGGGAAAUAUUCUCUCUCCUAGGUCAAAGCCAAAUUGACAAGAGAAGGACCAAGACUCAAGCAAUUCAUCAUAAACAUCAAUAAAAUAGAUAAUGGGAGUAGUUAAGCAUAGAAUUUGUCACAUACAUCAACAAUCGAAUUAAAAUCUAGAGCUAGGGUUCAUCAACCUAAGUUAGAGAGACUAAUUCAUAAAGAGAAGAAGAGAGAAUACAAUAUGCUCCAAGAU